AAAUAACAAACGUUUAAAUCAGUCUGGACGUUCCGCUGGUGGCUCUCAAAGAACAAUGGAAAAACUCGUUCGGAAUUCUGCGGAGUACUAUUCGAAGGAAAGGGCAAAAAUCCGGUAAUUGAACGCAACGUAGUCCCACGGCGAUGGGUAUGGCCGUUCGUGUCGAUAUUCUCUAGGGAUGCGUCGUAUCGACGGAACAGAGAGCCGGGGAUAGAAGAGGAUAGAGCCAGGUUCGAAGCGGGGGAGGAACCCCUUUCGACUACGGCCCUGCAACGUGCCCGCCCAAUAAGGGUGCGUAGUAGGCGCUCAGUCUCGCUCGGACACUCGGUAAGGUAGGACGUUUCGCUCGUGCUCCUUUCAACUGUCGCGUGCCGGUCGCAUCGUGCUCUCGGGAUCCACCGUGCAUUUGAUUUCUCUUCUCGAAGGAUUCGCUUCUAAAUCGAAUCGAAACACGGGGAUAAUUCAAGAAAAUAAAUUUGUGAUAAUUGUGUGCCGCUUGUGUGAAAACCACAGAUCGUAACCGAUGGGGGAUGACGUUCGAUGGAAAACGAGAUUCGUUGGCUCGGAUGGUCGAGGAAUGGCGCGAGGAGGAGUUGAACGCGCGUCGGCUGACACGCUGACACGCUGACACGUUGACGAGUUGGCUGGCGAGAUUCGAAGCUGCGGCACUCGAAGAGUAAAAAAAGGCAACGAGUUCUGAGCCGGUCGGUCCGCGCGCGAACCGAAUCGAUCGGUAACGAAAUGGACGCGUGGCCGCGUAUAGAUCGCGGGGUUUGAUCGGGAAUCGAGCAAGAGGACUGGCAGCCUCUGGACGAACGAACGCGGAAAGUUCUUUCGCUCCGAUCGGCUAAUUCCGACUAAGGCAAUCUUUGCCGAAUCGUACGGCGAACAUCGCUCAACAUGUUCGGGACGAAAUUUCGCACGUGGAUGGAGGCACACAUCGUGCGAUCGAAAAAGAAGAAGGACAGGAAGAAGGGUGACAAGGGGUUCGAUUCGAACUGCAACUCUCCCAGAAACUACGCCGGCAACAGAUCUCCUGGAUUGCAUCAAGUUCAUCCGGUGGAUUCGCCGACGAAGAACGUGGACGGAAUCCGGUUGCACGAAGGAAGCAGCAGCCGCAGCGGCACCGUCACCACCUCCUCGGCCACGUCCGCCGGCACGGCAAGCGUCAAUCUAUCCUCUCCGGAAAGCGCGUACAGCACCGGAUACUCGACGGACGGUACCUCGCCUGGAACCAGUUAUCCCCCCGAAUAUUACAUCAACAUCCGUACCGGAACUCAUUAUUUUCAAAGCAACGGCGUCCAAGGUACCGCGAACGCCAACGGCAGACCAAAGAGGCCGAUCGACGCCGCGGAUCAACCGCCUGCUGCACUAAACUCGAGACAUGGGAAGUUCGACGACAGCGUCGAACCGUCCUUCUCCGCUAGUAUGACCAGCAGAGACACCGAUCACCCUUCGAGAGACCUUCGCACCAGCACCCCUAACGAGAGCAGCGAACGUCUGGGAAAGCAGAGACCGAAGCAGCAACAGCUAGCGCAAUCACAGACGCAACAAGAGAGGUACCAUCGACGGACCGAGUCGUUUUCAGCGGACUCGUCGAGAAGCAACCAAGCUGUACCCUCGUCUAUACCACCGCCGCUGCUCUCGCCCACGGUCCAGUCGCCCCGGGAACGAUCUCGAAUUCGAACUAAUCCGUGGCUUUCGGCCAACUCGUCCGGCUCCAGUAGCAACGGCUUCAAGUCCAGACUGAAUCUGGACGAUACCAGCAGCGGCUCUGGCUUGAAAUUAACCGAAUCUUCGGGUAGCGCCAGCGACGUGAACGUAAACAGCGCGAAAGAGAGUCUCGCAAGAAGAGAUCUGAAGCAAGAGAGCCUCAGCGCUGGAAGAAGUCCGAUAAAUCAUAAUUGGAGAAUAGCGUCCGGGCUGGAGAUUCGUCCAAAGAUAUCUCUGUCGGUGCAACGGCGAAGCAGCAGCAGCAGUCGCAGUAGCAGCAGUAGCGGCAGCAACGGAAGUAGCGGUAGCAACAACAACCAUAGCGGUAGCAGUAACGAUAACGGCAACGGUAACGGCUCGUCCGGUUCGUCGGUGACGCGAAGCGUCAGAUCGUCCGAGGACGAUAUCACGUUGAACGAGAUGAUGGGGAAAUUCGACGAGAGUUACGUGUACGAGAAAGAGACGGACAUAUUAUCCGACAGCGACCCGACCGACUGCGAGGAUUACAUCGACUCGCUGUCGGACGCGGACGCCGCGCGAGACGCCGGCGACGAGAACGAUCCGUUGGAAAACGACGAUUUCGAUUAUAUCGAUAACGGCUCCUCGUUCCUCGAUCUCGACAAUCUUGACUGUUCCGCGCCCUUUACCAAUACCGGCCAUUGUACCUACUUUGCGUUCACCGGUGAGCCCGCUCGACGGAGCAGCAAAUUGCGGGAGUCGUUGAUGAGACGCAGAAACAGGGACGAUGCGACGAUGCUUCAAAGGUCGAUCAGUGUGAAAAAUAGCGCCAAGAGGCAAAGCGCGCGAUACAAGAAGGUGGACGAGAAACAACAGGGCGAAAAACGCAAGAAGAGAAUUUCUCAGCGUCGUAAAUCGAACAUGGAGAAACGGGACGUUGGCCGUGGCGGUAACGAGGAAAUUGGCGAAGGCGACGACGAUGACGACGAGGACGAAGAGGAGACGGCGAAUCUGAACCGCGUGCUGGUGGAGAGAAUGCUGUUGAAGAAUUCGGGCUUCAAUCAGGGUAGCAGAAGCGUCGGUGGCACGCCGAUCUGUCUUCGUCGCCGGAAACACGACGUCAAUAAGAAUCUGUCGCCUAUGAGAUCGAACGACGAACGAUCGGUUGCUCGAAUCACCGGCCUCGAUAGCGAGGAGAUCGUCAAAAGACGUUCCAAUUCUGUGAGUUACGUGAAUGGUAACAUCGUGAGGCGACGAAUAGGCGGCAAUGCUUACAUGACCACGUUCGCUUCGGAGAUCGCUUUGAUGGAGGCGGACAAGGAAGCGGAUAAAAAGUACCGUGAGCUGAUCCUCGAGGCGGAGAAUAUCUUGGUGAACAUGCAGAAGAAUCAACACAGCGUACCGAUAGUUCCAUCGCCUUCUCGUAAAUUUCACAACGGCCUUGCAAACAAACGCGUCGAGCUGAUUAAAAACACCGAAUUGAAUAUCGAGCUUGCUCUGUCGAAGAGCAGGAACUCCCAACCAGAGUUACAAAGCGGUAGCAUCAAAGAUAUAGAGCACACCAGUCCCAAGAGACAAUUUCUUCCGUCUAAUUCCCCGAUGCGUCGACUGGUAGAGCGAAACACGUCUCCCGUCACCGGAUUCCACUUGAAUGACAACCCUUACAAUAGACAGGACGCAACGGUGCCGAUUAAAUGUUCGCCAGACUCUCCGCUUCCCUCGAGAAGAACGUCGCCUGGACUUUCGCCUACUAACAGCCUUCUUCGCUAUCCGAGGUCCAAAGUUUCCGAACAGCAGGACAAUGAAGAACGUAACGUAGGAAGACGAGGAGCGACGCCUUUGAAUUGCAAUGGUAUCCUUCGACCGGACCUCGAGGCACCUUUUGCGCGUUCUCAGGUUUGCAUACAGAAUAGAGCUCGCGCUAUCUUGGCUCAGAGAGACCCCUCCGAUUCGAAUCGAGACUGUCGCGUCUCGAAAUUGUCCGGUAAAGAGGAGGGAGUCACCUCGAGCUCGUCGGACUCUGAGGAGAAAUGCGAUGUUAGAAGAAGGGCACCUCUGAUGACUUUCAGGUCGAUCGAUAUGGGCCCUAUCAAAGAAGCUUCUUCCUAUUGCCCGCAAAGCGAGCCGGUUAAAAGGAAAGUGUACGCUGGUAGCACUACUUACGAUAGAAUUCAAAAGACGUUGGGAGAACAGGUGGUGCUGAGAAAUUCAGACGGCGACACUGCCACCGACGAUACCGACGACUCAAGGCGAUCUUUAAGGGAAAAAGUAGCUCGGUUGCGGCAGGAACGAUUAACUGCAAACGCAAACGCUCAGGAUUCGCAGAUCUUCCAACACCAACUGUCGCAAUUGCGAAGACAGAUGUUGAUGCAAACCAUCGAGGGUCUGAAACGAAGCCUCGAGGAUCAAUCAGCGACUCUGAAGCAAACUUGCUUGGAACCGGUGAUGACCAACCGGGUAAACGGACUAGGGGCAAAUUUGUAGUCGAUUUUGUCGGUGAAACGUAACGUUUCCCCAUACACAAAAGCUGGUAGUCUUAAGGACUAUACAGAGUGUGCUCCUAAUAAUGGUUAUUAUUUUCUCCCCUUAUAUGACAAGGGAGAAUACAUAUUAAAGGUAGAUCCACCCAAAGGAUGGAGCUUUGAGCCUACAGAAAUUUUAUUGAAUGUGGAUGGAACCACAGAUGCAUGCAGUCAAGGCAAAGAUAUUAACUUUACUUUUAAAGGUUUCGGUAUCACAGGCAGGGUUACCAGUUUAGGAUCAGACUCUGGCCCUAAAGGUAUUACUGUUACAUUGUAUAAAGAAGACAACUUACAAGUACCUGUUGGUACAACAGUUACUACAGAAGGUGGUAUCUUUUAUUUCACUCCAUUACAACAUGGAAAAUAUGUUCUUGUUGCAUCUCAUCCUGUCUGGAUGAUAAAAACGGGUACUGUCAAAGUAACAGUGCAAGAAGGCAACACAGAACUUCCAGAUGGUAGCUUAGUAAUUUACGGAUAUGACGUAAGUGGACGAGUUACCAGUGAAGAAGAAGCAGUAAGCGGCGUAACAUUCCUUCUUUUCGGUAAUGGUGUAGCUAAAAAUUGUGCUACAACGCCCGUCAGUAAAGACCUAGAGCUUAAGAAACCUCUUUGUCACGUUGUAUCGGACAAAACUGGUAAAUUCGUGUUUCCAAGCUUGUCGCCCGGCGAAUAUAAACUUGUUCCUUAUUACGCUGGUGCCCAAACUAAAUUCGAUGUACAACCAUCUGAAUUGUCAUUCAAAGUGAGCCACAGUAGCGUGGUGUUACGUCAAGGAUUCAAAGUAACUGGCUUCACUGUAAACGGUAUCGUUCGUACCGCCAUCGAUGGAGAUCCUUUAGCAGGAGCAAAGGUGUUACUCUCGCAAAAGGAAAUCGCCACCACGGAUAAAAACGGAAAAUAUGUAUUGGAUAAUAUGAAAGCUGGCCAAUAUACUCUCAAAGCUGAAAGCGAAGACUUGAUGUUCAAUGAAGUAUCAGUUAAGAUCUCUCCCAGUUCUCCAGAACUUCCUGUUCUAAUACCAGCAGCGUAUAAAGUCUGUGGCAAAGUUACCCUUUCAGCAAAGGGAACUCUACACCAUCGUAAAGUUUCCAUACAGAAUAUCGCCGCUACGUUUAACAAAGAGAUAGAUACAGACCCGAGAACAGGAGAAUUUUGCUUGUACCUCGCCCCCGACAGGUAUCAGUUGAGCGUUGUCGUGAGUGCCGAAGAAAGAGCCGAAGGCCUCCAAUUUUUCCCACUGCAACAAACGAUCGACGUGUCAUCUCAACCGGUGCAGAACGUUAACUUUUUACAAUUAAAAGCAACGCUAACAGGCACGGUGAAAUGUUUAGCUGGAACCGAUUGCAGUCAAGCUUCUGUCACGCUGAAGGUACUUGAUGGGAUUACGGUAAAAACGAUUCAAUCAAAGGAUGGCCGUUAUCAGUUCACGGACGUGUUACCCGGUCAUUACGAAGUCUUGAUAGAUAACGACAUCUUUUGCUGGGAAAGUCCAAGUUACAGGAUUUCAGUAACUUCGGAGCGAGCUGAAUUACCACCCUUCCAACAGACUGGAUUCUCCGUUACCUUCAUAUCUUCUCACGAUACUAUCGUCGAGUACUCGGAACCAAACGAUCCAAAGGCAAAGAAAUUAACUUUACCUUUAAGCAAAGGGAGUACGAAGCAUUGCGUGUCCGAACCUGGAACGUACACGUUCGUCCCGAAAAGUUGUCACGUUUACGACAAAACUUCGUACACGUGGGACACCAAUGCUCUUUCUCCAGUUAUGUUGCAUUCAACGGAACACAGUCACAAAGGAAGCAUUUUAAGUGGUUCCUUGUCAGAUGGAAUUAAAGUGAAGAUCGAAAAUGCAGGAGACGUCAUGACACUUGGACCAUUAAAAUCGGUGCGCCAGGAGGAUGCGUAUAAAUACGAAUUCGAGUUCAAGGCAAAGACAGACAACGUUUACGCUAUAACACCCCUGUCGGACGUUCUUCUCUUUACUCCUCCGUCGUUGAAAGUAUUAGGUGUGAAUGACUGUCAGAAUGACAUCGCCACGUUUGUCGGUGACAUGGGAAAGAUCAUUGCUGGUAGAGUCAAUCCACCAUUAGAAGGAGUUACCGUGCAAAUAUAUGGAAACGAUAAAAGUUUACCUAUUCACACAAUAGUUACGCAAAAGGAUGGAAUAUACAGUGUUGGUCCUUUAGAUGGGAAAAUAGAAUAUAGUGUCACUGCAGAAAAGGAAGGUUUCGUGAUAACAGGACCCGAUUCCAACGGAAUAUUUUCAGCUCACAAGUUGGCUGAAAUUAUCGUACAGGUUUCUGAUCAAGCAGACAAUGCUUCGUUGCAGGGUGUUUUGUUAUCCUUGUCUGGUGGACAAAGUUACCGAAAGAACAGCGUAACCGGCGAAGAUGGAAAAUUGAUUUUCCACUCUCUCUCUCCCGGCGAAUAUUAUCUAAGACCGAUGAUGAAGGAGUAUCGUUUCGAUCCUUCUUCGAAGAUGAUCAAAGUCGUGGAAGGUGCGACCGUGAAAGUGAAUCUUUUCGGUAAAAGAGUCGCGUUCAGCGCGUACGGUUCCGUGACUUCUUUAAACGGAGAACCCGAAGCUGGUUUGUUGGUGGAAAUUCAAGGUCAGGGAGAUUGCGAUCAUCUUCAAGAAGAAGCGACCACCGAGGAAAAUGGCAACUUUCGAAUCAGGGGACUUCAGCCUACAUGUACUUACGUGUUCCGGCUGAAACCGAAUGCAGAAGUUAAUGCGCACAUUCAGCGCACCAGUCCGGAGUCUAUAACAAUCAAAACCUCGACGGACAUUAGGGGUCUUCGUUUGGUCGUGUUCCAUCCGAUACCACGAACCGACGUCUCGGUGCACGUUGUAUCCGUGCAACCGGAGCACUAUCGUACGUUAAAAGUAAAGCUCUGCAGAGAAGAUAUGCCCGAUUCGCCUAUACACACAGCUAAGUUAGAGGCUCAACAGUUUAGUAAGAUCGGUAGCGCUUACAACGCUGGUUUUCUUGUUCAUCUGCCGCCGUUGCAAGCAGACGGUAGAAAGUAUUUUGUACAGUUGGAGUCUUCGUUGUCUCAUACGUUACACAAGUACAGAACGGUGCCGUUUUAUUUCGAAGCAAACUCGUCGUUCAAGUACGUGAAACUGACGUUCAACGCGGAACGGAAAGUAGAUCAAAGCGACAUGAAUCAAACGUCCAUAGUCGCGUUACCUUUUAUCAUGUUCGUUACAAUCGCGUUCUUUAAUCGCGAGAAACUGUGGUUAUGGUUGAGCGCUUUGGUCGAAAGGUGGUCGAAACCGGCUCCGAGUACCAGAGCCCCGAUGCAAGCGGUUCCUAUCGACCCGAGAACCGACGACAUCAUCGUUGAACAAAUAAUGAACAUUAACAAAAGGAAAACCAAACCGCGUAAAACGUGAUCGGCAUUUUAUUGAUUCGUCCUGAUAAACAAACUAAUGAACAAUAGAAUAUUGUAUCAGAUUUUCGCGCCGUUUAAAUGAAUCGAAUUAUCGCCCGAUUACAGAGGGUAUCCACUUGGAAUAAAACUACGACAAAUGUGCUUUAUAAUCUACAAUAGUUUUAUUUCAUUAUAUUUUCUAAUUAUACAAACUCGUUACGAGCAAUCAUUAUGGUGCGAUAAAAGCCUAAAAAAGAAAAGACAGGAACAUAUUUUUUUUUGGUAAAACGGAACAUAGAAAAUUAGAUUAUUUCACUUACUAUGGGAUUAACUUCGAACAUGCACUUCAUAAAAUUAAAGGAUUUCUCGCACUUGUCCUUUUUGGCUAAAAAAAUUGAUAACAUUUUCAGUAAAAGUGUAACUGUUCAUAAUUAAAGAGUGUGCGUUCGCGUGCCUGUACGACGAGUCAUAUUAAAACACUUACAGCUAUCGGUACAACUAUCGAUCAUCUCGUCGGCUAUUUCUCUGUAAACGUCCGGUAUGAUUUUUUUAAUCAUAUUGUAUUUUAUGGUACCGUCAUUGUCCAUCUGAAUCAGACAAAUUUCCUAGAGUGACUACUUUUCUAUUUGAUAAGCAAAGAUGAUUUAUAAUUAUACUUUACCAAUUUAAACUUUUCGAGGGCACAUUUGAAGUAACAUUUUAAUCGUACGUCAUUGGGAAAGUGUCCGUAUUCAGUGUUUUCAACAUCCUCUGGAAUAAUAAAAAUUGUUACGUUGUAA